AUGAUUAAUCGUGCCAUACGCAUAUGUUCUACUUAUAAUCUACUAUCAAAUGAAUUGGAUGAAAUAAGACGUAUAACUAAACUAAAUGGAUAUCCACGCACAUUUGUGGACACUUUAAUAGGAGUUCUACUUAAUAAAAUGUUGGUUUCAAAUCAUUAUACAGCAGUAAAUAACAUUAAAAAAGAUAAUUCUAAGAAAAUUCGUCUAAUUGUUGAUGUGCCAUUUGUGAAAAAUUCAUCUAAAGUACUAAGUAAAAAGUUAACUUAUUUAACAAAAACAAUUAAGUCAGAAUGUGAUUUGAAAAUAAUCAUGAGACCACCAAAAUCAAUUGGUUCAUUCUUUCAAGUUAAGGAUAAUAUUCCUAAUUUACUUGAAUCAAAUUUAGUUUAUGCAGUUAAUUGUAAUGAUUGCAGCGGUUCAUAUUGUGGUAAAACUGAAAGACAAGUGUGCAGAAGACUAGUGGAACAUGGAGCACCAAAAUGUGUUCUUGAACCUAGUUCUGCCUCAGCACCUACUCAAAGUCUCUCUGGACCAUUGAAGAAGACUAAAACAGGUGUCACAUCGUACUCUAAUGCAACCAACUUGAGACGCUUUUCUAGAAUAGCUAACAAAAACAAAAAUAAUUUAACAACUGUAUCUAAUUUAUCACUUUCAGACGAUUACGACUCGACCUCUGAUACUAUGACUGUAAAACAAAAUAAAUCAGCGAUUUCUAAACAUAUUUCUGACACAAGACACAAAAUAAAUUGGGAUGGUUUUAAAAUAUUGUUUAAAGAUAAUAAUCCAUAUAGAUUAUUAAUAAAAGAAUCUUUAGCAAUUUUAAGCCAUAAACCAAAGUUGAACAACACCGUGCGCUCUAUUCCUCUCUUUAUUUUUCCUGAGGGUAUUCGAAAAAAUUUAAUCAAAGAUCCAGGAGGUUAG